AUGACGUUUGUGGUCUUUAGCCUCUUGAUCAUUGUUGGCUUGAUCUUUACUAAUGUGCUAGCAGUGAAUUUGUAUGAGACCUCUUCAAUCUCUAGAACAGCAACUAGUGUAUCUUCACAUCUUGAUGAAAACUGUGGCAAGUCUACUAUUCAAAUAAAUCAAUCUCCAACUGAUCCCCUUCCAAGUGGUAUUCCAACGUAUACGGUUGAGAUUGUGAACAUGUGUGUCACUGAUUGUGCCAUCUCUAACAUUCAUGUUGCUUGUGGCAUGUUCAGUUCUGCAACACUUAUCAAUCCAAACAUCUUCAUGCGCUUAAGUGAGAAUGAUUGUUUAGUUAAUGGUGGAAACCCCAUUUCUAGCGGGGGUGUUAUUUCUUUCAAGUAUGCUAACACAUUUUCUUAUCCACUCUCUGUUUCCUCGGUUGUUUGUAAUUGA